CCUCCGUGCUCACAAAAAAAAGCAACCAAAUUCCUCCGACCAUUGUUCGCUUGAGUUUAUUAGCCAAAAUCAGCCGACAUGGAACAAUAUUAUUUUCACACAACAAAUCAGCAUCAGCAUCAAUCAAAACACAGCCAGCCGAAUAGACGAUCGACUCCAACAACUUGGGAAAAAUCUAAGUACCAUAUUUUCCACAAUACAAUUAAGUUUUUUGGGCAAAAAAAAUAGGAUACAUUUGCAGAGCCCAAAUAUAAACUGGUCUCAAAAUAGAGAAACUCCAGCUCAGGCUCAGCAGCUCGACUGCUCAUGCAUGGCAUGGAUAUCUGAUCCACAAGUAUCGUGAAUACAUGACAAAAAUAGUUGUUGUCAUCUUUAAAUAGGCUUUUGCAUCGAUAAAAUCACUUCUCUUUAGCGCCCUCUCGCCAUUUCGUUACUACUACAGCAACAUAUAUAACCCAUAAUAGAGAUAAUUUAGUAGAUCUAGUAGUUUAAUCAACUCCAUACAUUGUUGAUUUAAUUUCAACAUACUCAGGUGGACCAAGGCCGGCCGGCGAAUCAAUCAAGAACGUCACCGCUAGUUAGGGGCGUGGUUGUUGGACCUGCGUGCCAUGGGGGAUCACCAUAUGCGGCUGCACAGGCCGGCGCCGAUCGAGAAGAUCGCGGUGCCGGAGAAGAAGGCCUUGUUCCUCCACGCCGCCGGCGCGUCGUCGCCGGGGCAGCAGCAGCAGCAGCACGGCGCCUCCUCGCACGAGAGCAUCACGCCGCGGACGGCCACGAAUAAGCAGCCGGCGAGCCCCCGGGCGUGCCUCUGCUCGCCGACCCUGCACGCGGGUUCGUUCCGCUGCAGGCUCCACCGCGGCAAUUUCGGCGGCGGCGGCGGCGGCGGCGGCAGCGGCGACGGCGGCUCCGGCCUCCACGAGAUGAGCAAGAAGCCCGGCGUAUGACGACGCGACGCGGGCGGGAGACGAGCGUUCCUACGCCCUUACCGCAAAAAUGAGCAGGUGAAAACACGAGCUGACGUCAUCGGGUGCAUGGCCAAAUAUUUUUUAGCCCUUUUUUCUUUUUGUCCCUUCUCAUUUGUCUUCGCUGUAUAUUGUAUACAGGGGAAGAAGGGGAAGAGUAUAUUUUUUCUUCUUCUAUACCUUUCCUUGUAACGAGUCCGCAGAACACGUGUUAAUUUCGCCUGUACGCGUACGCUUGUUACAAUCAUUCAGCAAUGGUUCCAGCUGCGGCGACGAAAAACAAAA